CAUCAUUUUGACUCCUUUUUACAGGGUUCUUGUAGAUGUAUUAGGAAACAAUGGGUGACAGACAUUUCCAAAGAUAGACGAUGGAGUGGUAGACAUGGAAUCGAUAAACGGGGCUACGUUAAAGCCUCGUCCCAUGCUGAUGCCAUGUUGGGCACAAGCUGGAAGCGAAUGGUUAAUAACGGUCAAACAAACUUCGCUUUGCCUCAGAUCGGGAGUGUAGAUAUGACUGAUGGUAGAUGCCUGAACCAACAUAUAAACACAUUAGAUCUUAACAAACAAAAUACCACAAAAAAUUGCACAUCAAAUCGAUGGAAAACAGGUUUAGAUGACGUCGUCACUUUACCAAAUGAACCAAUUGAAGCACAUGGAUCAGAAAUAGAUGAAGAUAUAUCAGAGUUACCGCAAAACCAUAGACUUAAGCCUAGAAUAAAGAGAACCGACAGCACUAGAGCACCCCUUGACCUGCCUGUAUUAGCUAUUAUAGAACCGGAAGUUAGCCCAACACUUCAUAAGCCUAAAUAUUUUAGAAGCAGUGGAUUAUUUAUGACACAACGGUCGCGGACGGAUACUUCGGUAGCAAGUGGAGGACCAAAGCGUAAAGGAAACUGUCGGGAGCCUGCAGGCCCACAAGAUGUUCAACGUUUGGCUUAUCUACAAGUUGAUACACUACAACAAGGAGACAUAUUU